AUCUUGUCUUUGCCUCCUUAUUACCCAUCUUGGAUCCCUCACCUGUUGCACAAAACUCUGGUACUUUAAAGCUCUCUCUCUCUCUGUGUGUAAGGCAAAGGGAGAGCUUUAUCUUCUCAUACUAUUUCUUUUUCUUGCUUCUGAUAUUGAUUCUUGGUGUACUUUCAUGGCUCUUCUCACUUUCUUACAAGAGCAAACAAAGAAUGGAAAACAAAUUUCGAAACGCAAGCGCAAGCAGCAAAAGCAAAAGGAGAAGCAACCUUCAUCAUGGGACCAAAUCAAGAACCUACUCACCUGCAAGCAGAUCGAAGUAUCGGGUGUACACGAUCCAUCCAAGAAAACUAAUGGAUACUCAAAGAUGGGUUCUUCUUGCAGCUCUAUAUGCAGUUUCAGAGACGUUGUUCAUGGCAACACAAGAGUUGUUCACAGAGCUGAUAACUCACCAGAAAGUAGCACAGUGGGUCAAGAAACCGGACUGCUGAGUCGAAAAGCUGCUAAUGGGUCAUCAACUAGGUCGCUGGGGAGUUCAGGGAGAUCCAAUGGUGGCGCAACCUACACCUCAUCUUCAAGAGCCAUACAAUUCAGGAAGCUUUCUGGUUGUUACGAAUGUCACAUGAUCGUUGACCCAAGCAGGUACCCAUCAGCAAGGACUACAAUUUGCGCCUGCUCCCAGUGUGGAGAGCUCUUCCCCAAGCCUGAAAGCUUAGAGCUUCAUCAAAUAGUUCGCCAUGCUGUAUUAGAGCUGGGCCCUGAGGAUUCCGGUAGAAACAUUGUUGAGAUCAUCUUCAAAUCAAGCUGGCUCAAGAAAGAUAACUCCAUUUGUAAGAUUGAACGGAUAUUAAAAGUUCAAAACACACAGAGAACGAUUCAACGGUUCGAGGACUCUAGAGAUGCAAUCAAGACGCGUGCGCUUAAUAGUACUAAAAAAAAUCCCAGGUGCGCUGCUGAUGGUAACGAGCUGCUGCGAUUCCACUGUACGAGUCUAACAUGCUCGUUAGGUGCUCGCGGGACGUCGAACUUGUGCGGAUCGAUCCCUGGCUGUGGUGUGUGCACCAUCAUCAGACACGGCUUCCAAGGCAAGGAGUGCAAAGGGAUACGAACCACGGCAAGUAGCGGUAGGGCCCACGACUCCUUCGUUUGUUGUACGGAUGGAAGGAGGGCCAUGCUGGUGUGUCGCGUGAUUGCGGGGAGGGUGAAGCGAUUGGCGGAUGAUGCACCGCCGCCAGAGGAAGAUGUCGCGUCAGCUGGUGGCUCGUACGAUUCUGUGGCCGGAUACCCCGGGAUUUAUUCCAAUCUCGAGGAGUUGUUUGUUUUCAAUCCAAAGGCUAUUCUUCCUUGUUUUGUUGUUAUUUACAGUGCUCUCGAGUCUUGAUUAUUUGUAUCAGUCCCCAUCCAUACUCAUCUUCCCUCGCACUGUGUAUAAUAAGCUUUAAUUUUGGUCUUACAAUGGAAUUUAGCUCAAAUCUAA